AUGGGGACAAAUCCCAAAGGAUCCUUGGAAAAGCGCAAAGUUGGAACCAAGAAGAAAAGGCCCCCCAUUUUAAGAAUGCCAUCGGUGAACAAGCAGUCAUCUGUCCCUCCAACACCUCCGAGGAACUUGGAUUCCAGGACUUUUAUUACCAUUGGAGAAAAGAAUUUUGAAGUUGAGGCUGAUGACUUGGUGAGCAUCUCAGAGCUGGGGAGGGGUGCUUACGGCGUGGUGGAAAAAGUGCAUCAUGCGAAGAGCGACACAAUCAUGGCUGUGAAGAGGAUCCGAGCCACUGUGAAUACUCAGGAGCAGAAGAGACUAGUGAUGGAUUUGGACGUCUCCAUGAGGACAGUCGAUUGCUUUUACACGGUCACUUUUUAUGGAGCCCUUUUCAGAGAGGGUGAUGUGUGGAUCUGCAUGGAGUUGAUGGACACAUCUCUGGAUAAAUUUUAUAAGAAGGUUCUGGAGAAGAAGAAGACCAUCCCUGAAGAUAUCCUGGGAAAAAUAGCCGUGUCUAUUGUGCGAGCACUGGAGCAUCUCCACAGUAAACUCUCGGUGAUUCACAGAGAUGUGAAGCCAUCCAACGUCUUGAUCAACAAACAGGGGCAUGUGAAAAUGUGCGAUUUUGGAAUCAGCGGUUACUUGGUGGAUUCGGUGGCGAAAACUCUGGAUGCCGGCUGCAAACCUUAUAUGGCUCCAGAAAGAAUAAACCCUGAGCUGAACCAGAAGGGGUACAAUGUGAAAUCAGACGUGUGGAGUCUUGGGAUCACUUUGAUCGAGAUGGCCAUUCUCCGUUUCCCCUACGACUCCUGGGGGACCCCCUUCCAGCAGCUUAAGCAGGUAGUGGAAGAACCAUCACCUCAGCUCCCAGCCGAUCGCUUCUCCAGAGACUUUGUCGACUUCACCGCCCAGUGUCUGAGGAAGAAUCCCGCUGAACGAAUGAGUUACUUAGAGCUGAUGGCUCACCCCUUCUUCACUCUACAUGACACCAAAGUGACUGAGAUGGCUUCCUUCGUCACAGAAAUCCUCGGGGAAGACUCUUAAAUCCCCCAGACCUCACCGUCACGCUGAAUAAACUGGAGGAGCAUCGUUCUGGUUUCUCCCGGUGGGAAGAACCGAGGCAGUCGGAAACUUCUUAGCAUUAACGGCGGUUUGCACAAAACAGAACGAAUGUCUUUGUCCGCAACCUCCCUCAGCCCAAUUCCAUCUCGCGCGAUACUUCUCCGGGUCUUCGAGAGAGAGGCCGCGGCGGGUGGCGUGGCGUGGCCUGGUGGUGGCCUGCCUGAAGAAAUCUAGCUCCAGAGCGCCGUCUUGGGUGGCCUGGCUGAGGGCUGUCCUCGCAAUUCUCCACUGCCCUUCCAGCUGCUGAGGUGAAUUUGAGCGCGUUCCCCGCAUCGGAUCCUCCCCCAAAAUGCAGCUGUGGACAUUCAGAAAUUUUCCAGACUUAAUGCAAAACUGCACCCCGCUCCCCCUUUUAAAGAUCUACCCACAGAUGCCGCUGCUAAGAAGAGACUUGUGUUGGUUUUUACGCUUUGCAAUGUCAAAACUCUCUUUAUGUAGAAAAUCAAAGCUGGAGAGAGAGGGUUAGAAUAGGAUCUUUCUGUAAGUACGUGUUAUGUUUUCUGCAAUUCUCUCUCUUUUUUUUUUUUUUUCCUUUUUACCCUAGAGCAGUGUUUCUUAACCUCAGCAACUUUAAA